UACAAAAAUGUUCUCAGUUUGUUGAUUGCUGAAGCUGUGUGGGGUCGCGCCCAUUUGUGUGUUGUGCUGGGAAUAUUAUUUAUUUAUGCUUUGAUUUUCACAGAAGUGCUGUGUCUUGUAGAACAUUUACAUCUGCAAGCCUUGGGUGCAAGUUACAUCGUUUCAAGAUGACUCUGGAUGCAGCAGACGGUUCAUAGUUUGCACUUUCUUCAAGUGCUUGGUGCACUAGCUUCUGCACACCUCAACGCUUUGUGAUUUAGGUAGUCAUUAACUUACAGAAAAGUUAGGUUUUUUUCCAUAUUACCAAAGACAAUAUCAGUAACCGGUUUGAUCUUGUAAGGGAAGUGUGUCAAUGUCAAGUCUUAAACACGGCCAAAGGAUGGGUGCUGAAGAGUGCUGGGUGACGGCAAAGUAUGACUACGAGGCGCAGGGCACGCACGAGCUCAGUCUGCGGAAGCAGGAGCGCCUGCUGCUGCUGGAUGACUCAAAACACUGGUGGCGUGUUAUGAACGGGCGCCAGCAGUGCGGCUAUGUGCCCAGCAACUACGUCAAAAAGGAGAAACCCUCCAUCUUUGACAGUAUCAAGAAGCGUGUAAAGAAGAGUGGCGGCUCGCGCACAUUACCCUCGGGUACGAGCGACAGUCAGCCGGCCACGCCGUCCCCGCACAGACAGUCGAGCAACCAGCCGCCGCCCCAGCUCGUCGACCCGGCAGAAGCCAUGGGAGUCGCCCUAGUCAAGUAUAAUUACCAGGCCCAACAACGAGACGAGCUGUCUCUUACAAAGGGGACUAAAGUACUCAUUCUAGAAAAGUCAAACGAUGGAUGGUGGAAGGGACAAUAUAAUGCCCAGGUGGGCUGGUUCCCGAGCAACUACACCCAGGAGGAGGAGCAGGAUGACACGCUGCACCUCUACACCAUGGCCGAGAACGUGCUGGACGUGGUGAUGGCGCUCUACACGUUCCAGGCCACCCAGCCGCAGGAGCUCAGCUUCCAGAAAAACGAGCGACUGGAGGUGCUGGACCGGCCGGCCAACGACCCCGAGUGGCUGAUGGCUCGUAACGGCCAGGGUACGACCGGUCUCAUCCCGCGCAACUACGUCCGAGAGCUGGGCCGGCAGCUGAGUGAUGGCAAAACAAACGGUAACGGCGCGGCGAGCGGCGGCCCGUCGGGCGCUGAGGACCCGGUGCCCAGCUCUGAGCUGGCGCAGCUCCGUCUGGGUGCUGCAGACGCGUCCGGGGAGCGGCCGCACCUGGCCGGAAAGGACUGGUACUUUGGUCCCGUGAGCCGGUCACAGGCCGAUCAGCUGCUGGCGACCCGCGGACAGGAUGGAUGCUUCCUCGUCAGAGAUUCGGAGACAAACGUGGGCGACUACUCUGUUUCGCUCAAAGCGCCGGGACGCAACAAACACUUCCGCGUGGAGGUGAAGGGCGCCCUGUACUGCAUCGGGCAGCGCAAGUUCCACACGCUCGACCAGCUGGUGGAUCACUACCAGCGCUGUCCGAUCUACACCAACCCACAGGGCGAGAAGCUCUACCUGAUCCGACCACUGCCCAGACAGUAGGCGCCCGGCGGAAUGGUAGGAGCCGGCUCUGGCGAGGUCCUCUGAGAGUCCGCGGGAUGUGGUGACCCCCGCUCCUGUCACCGGGUCCCGCGGGGUCUCAGAGGGUCUCGCUGGGCUCCGGUGGAACUCGGUGGGUCUCGCGGGGCCCCGGUAAACCCAUGAGGGUGCGUGUCAUGACUUAGUUGGGCGGCGUGGCGCCAGGCCCUUACCCAUCGCGGUCGUUCUGACUCAGUUUGUUUCGGUCCAUUGUCCGGGCCUGUGGAACGGUGUGCGCCCGGCUCUUGCGUUCUUUAAUUGUGUGAUCGCGAAGGGAGAUUAUUUGUUUUGUGCAAUAGUCAUGCGACGCCGCGCCGACGGCCGGCGUCUGAAUUAUAUCGUCAUUCGGCGCGAGACCGACCGCCUCUCGGCGGGUUCUCGGCGCGAGGAUAGCGUGGAAAGGGUAGCUCGGACGGGGGACACCUCGUGUCACGAGCGGGAUCGACCAAUGCGCGAGAUGCGACGGGCACGGACUGUAGAGCGUAGACGCGAGGAGAGACUCGUGUAAAGUCAGCGAGCGUGGGAGCGCGGAGACGCGCUGAGGACGGGCGCUACGAUACGCCGGGCGGGCGGCGCGCCCGGCCGGCCCGGAGGCUCUCUGUUUCUGUGUCUGCCGCUCGGCACAGCCCGCCGGCUGCGCUGCUAGCCUGUAAAUAAGCCGGAUCAUAUUCACGGAACCUCCGUCUAGUCUGCGCGAGUGCGGCGCGCGGCCGGCGACGCUGCUGCCGCCCUCUGCCCGGCCUCGAAGUCUUACCGGCGAGCAGAGGGCGCCGCCACCGUCGCCACCGCUGCCGCUGCCGCCGCUGCUGCUGCCGCUGCUGCUGCUGCUGCUGCUGCUGCUGCUGCUGCCGCUGCUGCUGCUGACGUAUUGUCGCCCUUCGCCGCCUGGCAACGCAGCUGCGCCGCCCGCGCCCCGCCACGGAGUCUUUCUUUCUUGCAUGUCUGCCGCGGUGUGUCGUGUAGACGUAGGCAUUCUGAGGUUAUCGUUUCUAAGGUGUUUUUGUAUGAAUUUUAUAAUAGCCGGCGGGCGCUAACGCUCUCCGCUCGGUGUGAGCGAGUCGACCGGCGAUGCGAUGGGUUUCGUCCUGUUGGGUGCUCGAGGCACGACAGAGGCCUCUAGUCUAUGCUCCUGUAUUCUCCGUUUAAGCCGAUUUACUAGUGUGUAACGUAGCAGCUUGUAGACGCCGCGGCGGCGCCGUCCGUUCCGCUCAGGGGGAGGCGCCGCCGCGCCCGUCGGCCCCUGAGUUCGUUCAGAAUAUACUGACGGUGUCGCGACCCGAGUGACUGUG